AGGCAUAAACAGGAGAAAAACGGCAGCGGCUGAAGGAGUGCGAGCGGCGGAGUAGCCGAAAAAUCAUGCGUGCUUCCCUGCAUCGUGGUGGCAAGUAGGAGCGGGUGUUUAAACGCUCAUACCAAAAUGAAUGAAGAACCGGGGGAGUGGAAGAAACCGUUGGAUCUGCUGAACAGCGGCGACAUGGUCAAGAUUUGUGCUCCGAUGGUUCGAUACUCCAAGCAAGCUUUCCGUCAUCUGGUGCGGAAAUACGGCGUCGACAUCGCCUACACGCCGAUGAUCGUGUCCGACUCGUUUGUCAAGUCGCAAAAGGCAAGGGACGCGGAGUUCACCACUGCCCGAGGUGAUCGACCACUGAUCGUGCAGUUCGCCGCAAACAACGCCACCGAUCUGGCAAAUGCGGCUGAGAUGGUUUACAGGUAUUCCGAUGGUGUCGACCUCAACUGUGGCUGCCCGCAGAGAUGGGCCAUUGCAGAAGGAUAUGGCGUGCACCUUUUAGGUCAUCCCGAGCUCGUCAGAGACAUGGUCCACCAGACCAGGAAUCGUCUUUGCGAUUCCGACUUCACAACAUCAGUGAAGAUUCGUGUAUGCAGCGAUCUCAGAAAAACGGUGGACUUCUGUCGGAAGCUGGAAGCGGCAGGUGUGUCUUUCAUAACGGUGCAUGGUCGCACCAAGGAUCAGCGCAGCGAGCCAGUCGAUCUAGAUGCCAUUCGGACUGCGAAGGACUCCUUACAAAUACCCGUCGUUGCCAACGGCGACGUGACCAGCAUGAGGAAGGCCGAGGACAUCUGCCAGGCAACCGGUGUCGAUGGCGUCAUGGCAGCACGUGGAAUGCUCGAUAACCCCGCCAUGUUCUCUGGAUUCAAGCACACGCCAGCGCACUGCGUUGAAGACUGGCUCCGGCUGAGUGCAGAGCUGGGGUGCCCACUGACGCAGUUCCACCACCACCUCAUGUUCAUGCUCGACCACGUACUGUCGCGGAGCGAAAAGAGGAUAUUCAACGCCCUCACGAGUUACUCCGCAGUUGUGGACUACCUACGCAACACUCAUUCAGUGGGAUUACACGAACACAGAGGCAAGGUUGCUUUGUGAAGGCUUUACAUUUAUUUGAGUGAAUCGUGACUGUGGUUUGAGCGGACUCUGCGGAACGAGAAUUCACGUCGUCGUUCGGACCGGAGGAGACACCAAUAUGACGCCAUCUCCACGCACAAACAGCAUCGGAAUGGACCUCCUGGUACUCUGCACAAACGUGGCACACAUGAAACAACUGUUAAUGUAGC